GGGGCAAAGCUCAAGAUGGCGGACAAAAUGCCAGACGGCUCUCAGAAGGCCAGUUCAAAUCUAAGAUCAUCAGAUGUUCAUUCAUCUGGAUCUUCAGAUGCACAUAUGGAUGCAUCUGGACCCUCAGAAAGUGAUAUGCCAAGUCGAACACGACCUAAGAGCCCAAGAAAACAUAAUUAUAGGAAUGAAAGUGCCCGUGAAAGCCUUUGUGAUUCUCCUCACCAGAAUACUUCAAAACCUCUUCUAGAAAACAGACUUAAAGCAUUCAGUAUUGGAAAAAUGAGUACAGCUAAGUGAACUUUAAGUAAGAAGGAGCAAGAAGAAUUGAAGAAAAAGGAGGAUGAAAAGGCUGCUGCUGAGAUUUAUGAGGAAUUUCUUGCUGCUUUUGAAGGAAGUGAUGGUAAUAAAGUGAAGACAUUUGUGCGCAGAGGUGUUGUUAAUGCAGCUAAAGAAGAACAUGAAACAGAUGAAAAAAGAGGCAAAAUCUAUAAUCCAUCUUCAAGAUUUGCAGAUCAAGAAAACCCUCCAAAUAAGUAAUCCAAUGAAAGACCACAAUCUCUUCUUGUGAUAGAAACCAAAAAACCUCUACUGAAGAAACGGAAGAAAGAAAAGAAAAAAAGCAAUUUGGAAAUCUUCAAAGAAGAAUUGAAACAAAUUCAAGAAGAGCGUGAUGAGAGACAUAAAACAAAAGGCAGGUUAAGUCGAUUUGAACCUCUUCAGUCAGAUUCUGAUGGUCAGCGGCAUUCCAUGGAUGCACCUUCAAGAAGAAAUAGAUCAUCUGUUCUGGAUGAUUAUGCUCAUGGGUCACAUGAUGUGGGAGAUCCAAGCACUACUAAUUUAUACCUUGGAAACAUUAAUCCACAGAUGAAUGAAGGAAUGCUGUGCCAAGAAUUUGGAAGAUUUGAACCAUUAGCCAGUAUGAAAAUUAUGUGGCCUAGAACUGAUGAAGAAAGAGCAAGGGAGAGAAAUUGUGGCUUUGUGUCCUUUAUGAAUAGAAGAGAUGCUGAAAGAGCUUUAAAAAAUUUAAAUGGAAAGAUGAUUAUGUCUUUUGAAAUGAAGUUAGGUUGGGGUAAAGCUAUGCCUAUUCCUCCACAUCCAAUAUACAUUCCACCGUCUAUGAUGGAACAUAUCCUUCCCCCACCUCCAUCAGGACUGCCUUUUAAUGCGCAGUCUAGAGAGUGGUCAAAAAAUCCCAAUGCUCCCAUGUUACCACCACCUAAAAACAAGGAGGAUUUUGAGAAGACUCUGUCGCAAGCCAUAGUCAAAGUGGAUCCAACAGAAAGGAAUUUGCUCGCCCUGAUACAUCGAAUGACAGAGUUUGUUGUACAUGAAGGGCCAAUGUUUGAAGCUAUGAUUAUGAACAGAGAAAUCAACAAUCCCAUGUUCAGAUUCUUAUUUGAAAACCAGACACCAGCCCAUGUUUACUAUAUGUGGAAGCUUUAUUCGAUUCUUAAAGGAGAUUCUCCAAAUAAGUGGCGGACAGAAGAUUUUUGUAUGUUCAAAAAUGGAUCAUUUUGGAGGCCACCACCAUUAAAUCCAUACCUGCAUGAGAUGUCAGAAGAGCAAGAAACAGAAGCUUUUGUAGAGGAGCAUAAUAAAAAGGGAGCACUUAAGGAAGAACAGAGGGACAAAUUAGAAGAAAUCCUGCGAGGGUUAACGCCAAGGAAAAAUGAUAUUGGAGAUGCAAUGGUUUUCUGUCUUAAUCCUGAAGCUGCUGAAGAAAUAGUGGAUAGCAUUACUGAAUCAUUGUCCAUCCUAAAGACGCCCCUUCCCAAAUAGAUUACCAGAUUAUAUUUGGUUUCUGAUGCUUCGUACAACUCUUCAGCAAAAGUUGCCAAUGCUUCAUAUUAUAGAAAAUUUUUUGAAACAAAGUUAUGUCAGAUAUUUUCAGACCUCAAUGCUAUCUAUCGUACAAUUCAAGGCCAUUUACAGUCUGAAAACUUUAAGCAACAGGUAAUGACCUGCUUCAGAGUAUGGGAAGAUUGGGCAAUUUAUCUAGAACCAUUUUUGAUCAAAAUGCAAAAUAUUUUCUUAGGACUUGUAAAUAUUAUUGAAGAAAAGGAAACAGAGGAUGUACCAGAUGACCUUGAUGGUGCCCCUAUUGAAGAAGAGCUUGAGGGUGCACCUUUGGAAGAUGUGGAUGGAAUUCCUAUUGAUGCUACUCCCAUUGAUGACCUUGAUGGAGUCCCUAUAAAGAGUUUUGAUGAUGAUCUUGAUGGAGUGCCUUUAGUGGAUGCCACUGAAGACUCAAAGAAGAAUGAGCCUAUCUUUAAAGUUGCUCCAUCAAAAUGGGAAGCUGUAAAUGAAUCUGAAUUGGAAGAAAAGGCUGUAACAACUUCUAAAUGGGAGUUAUUUGACCAGCAUGAAGAAUUAGAAGAAGAAAAUCAAAAUCAAGAAGAAGAAAGUGAAGAUGAAGAAAAUACUCAAAGUUCCAAAUCUGAAGAACAUCAUUUAUAUUCUAAUCCAAUCAAAGAAGAAAUGACCAAGUCCAAGUUCUCUAAAUACUCUGAAAUGAGUGAGGAAAAACAAGCCAAACUUUGCAUGAAGUUUCAGGAUGAACUGGAAACUGGAAAAUGGCCUAAAAAACCAGGCCAGAGCUUUCAGGAGCAAGUAGAACACUACAGAGACAAACCUCUUCAAUGAGAGAAAGAGAAAGAAUUAGAAAGAGAAUGAGAAAGAGAUAAGAAGUAUAAAGAAAAAUUGGAAUCUCGAUCCAAAGACAAGAAGGAAAAAGAUGAGUGUACUCCAACAAGGAAAGAAAGGAAAAGGCGACACAGUAUGUCCCCUAGCUCAUCUCGCAGUAGCAGUGGUAGACAAGUGAAGUCCCCAUCACCAAAGUCGGAGCGAUCAGAGGAUUCAGAAAGAUCGCAUAAAGAGAGUUCGAGAUCCAGGUCAUCUCACAAAGAUUCUCCUCGAGAUGUUAGCAAAAAGGCCAAAAGAUUACCAUCUGGUUCAAGAACGCCUAAAAGGUCUAGGCAAUCACGAUCUAGAUCCCCUAAAAAAUCAGGGAAGAAAUCCAGAUCCCAGUCCCGAUCUCCACACAGGUCUAAUAAAAAGUCAAAGAAAAACAAAAAUUGACAUACAUUUUUAAGAUGCUGUCACUUAUUGGAAAUGCAAUUUUGUUUUGUGCCUGAAUGGUCUGUUUUAAAAAAAAAAUCAAAUGAAAGAGCAUUCCUGGGAUUUUUGUUUGUUUAUUUGUGAAGCAUGUGUAAACUCAUGAGUAACUGCAUCUGUAGACCUGUCAUUGUUUUAUAUUGUGUAAAUUACUUUUGUUGUGGCUGUUUUCAAGAUGAAAUUAUUGUGGUAAUGAAUUUCAUCAGAAAUGUGUAUAAUGGAUCUGCUGGCAGUAGUAUUUUGUUUUAGAAUGCUGUGACUUAGCAAAACUAAUACAGAUGUCUUCCCCCAUUUUGUAGCUUUGGCAAUUUGAAUUAGAUUUCAAAUAAAAUCUGAACAGAAAACAAACAAACAAAAA